CGGAUAGGGGUAUCGCAAUCAGGCUCCCCUUACUCAAACGCUUGAUUAUCUCUAGUUGUACGUCUCGACAAUUAUACCUGCACGGAUCGCCACGCAACGCAACGCGAAUCUAUAUAUUGUAUGCGGUCGAUAGUAAGUACACUCACGUAUUCGAUUACACGAUAGGUGGUAUUACAGCCAUUCGGGUGUUUUGAAGGAUGGUAAUAAAGCCGCUGGACAUGCGAGUACGGAUCUGAAGUCUGUAACUAUAUAUGCAGAGGAUUUUUUGGGUGUGAGCUUAAUGCACCAUCAAUUCGGGUGUGCAAUAUUAGGCUCGUGUGCGUGAAUUUUAUUGUUUGAGCCAUGGUACGAGCACUGCGCCCCGCCAGCGAAGCAGAAACUAUCGAGGGGACACCUCAAGCUGUUCCCAUAGCAACACGAAGAACUCGCAGAAGCGCUCGAUUUACAGAAACAACAGGUAAGGCUGGUGUGAUUGAACACUCCGAUACGGAAGCUGGAAGUGCUAGUGUGCACAAAUUGGUUGUAGAACCGCAAAGUAAUGUUAGGAGAGCGUCGAAGAGACCUGCGAGGGCUAAUUGUGAUACUAUUGAUAUCAGUACCGCAGUAUCACCAACUACUGCUACUGCUGUAGCUUCACCACGGAAAACACGUAGAAGUGGCCGAUCCACGGACAGCUCGAAAGAGACGCCACGGAAAGGGAAUUCAACGGCCGUUACGCAAACGAGUGCGUUUAAAGCUGCGUCGGUUAGUUGUGGUGAAAGCAAGAAAGACUAUGGCGUAUCAUCCGCAGCUAAAGUAGCAACACGAAGAACUACGAGAAGCGUUGCAUCAAUUGCACUCCACAUUGUAACGGACUCGAACGAAGGCUCGGCGGGCAGCCCGGAUCGACACCAAGGGCACAAGGAGAGCGAAGAGGUUAAAUGUGAGGCUGUCUCUCCCGUGACGAGAUCUGCCAGGGCCACCCGUGGCUCUGGUACAUCUGGUGUUGAUCCCACUCCAUCACCAACCACCACUGUGGGAACGCAGAGAACCCGAAGCAACCGGAGAGCGAAACGCACGCAGCAAACGCCUGAGGACACGGAACCCGUACAAUAUGACUCAGCAAGUACAACCCCGCACAAGACGGGUGCAGGCACCCAGGCGAGUGCACGUGGACCUGCGAGGGCCACUCGUGGUACUACUGCGAAGGACAACGAGUCAUCGCCAGCUGUGGUGGCAGCGGCAGGCAUACGCGGAGGAAGUAUUAGCGGUGUAGUUACACUGGGGAUAACUAGCAACAGGGAAUGUGCGGAAGUCAUAGGUGAGACUUGGUCACCGCAGGAGGGGGGUGGACCGAACAGCACUGAGCGACUGUCGUCAAGGAGAUCCCCGAGAAACCCUCGCAGGGCUAGUAACACUAACACCGAUGACAAACGCAUAGUUAGUAUGACUCCGAUUACUGGUGCGGACACGAGGCAAGCUUCCAUGGGAGGAACUGUACUAAGUGUAGCUGUAAGCGUUUGUACGCCCGCUAACGAUGAGGAGAGAGUUGGUUAUCCGAAGGCGGAUUCGAGGAGCACUCGUGCAGGUGGCAAGCGGAAGGGGUCUCCUAGCAACCAAGAAGACAUUCGAGAUGGCGGUGGUGGUAGGAAAAGGAAAGCGGAAAUGUCGGUGGAUGUACCCUCAAAUCAGGGGAAGAAAAAACGUAAAACCGUAGACAGGGUUGUGAUAGGCGGUAGCUUGGAAGCGACAUCAACUGAGGUUCAGCCUAAGUUGUCCGUAGGCGAUAUGGAGGUAGAAGCCAUGGAGAUACGAGACACAAGUGUGCUCAGCGAAAGCGAGAUUGUGUACAGUCAGAGCGAUAGCGACGAGAAUGAAAGUGCUGAGUCUGAUAGUGUUGUUCCGGAGGACCGUGAGAUAGAUGGUGCAGCGGGAGGUAGUAAAGAUGUGGGAAUGGAUACUACUGGUGACGGGGAUGGUCAAGGCUUUGUAGAUGCAGACGCAGAGAUUAUCCGCCAACUGGGACUGGAGAACACAGCGAAGACACUCUCUCCAAUUAUGUGUGACGAUGAUGCGAAUAGGCUACAGGACAGUCGAGACAGUGCAACUAAUGCGACGCAUACGGCCGCGAUUGUGGGUGAAGGCAAAGGAAACAGGAGAAAAGGGAGGAGAGGCAAGCUAACCCAGGUAGGUGCUCACACACGACUGGACCAGGACCCCACAGAGACUCGCGUGGAACCGGUGGACGGCUACGCGGCUGAUAUGGGGAUGCUGGAUGGCUUCUCAUUCGAUGUGUUCAGCCAACCCAAGAAGGCUAUCCGGACGCUGCCCCAGAAAUGUCUAUCUAAAGCAACUACACACAGGAGAUCUGCCGUAGAGGGCCUGGAAGCUGCGGCUAUUGGGGGUGGCGGCGAUAAUGUGAAUGAGGAUACACCGGAGAAAUCAUUGAACGAUACAUACACAAGCGAUCCGUAUGCGAAGGGCAAGAGGGCGGGCUUGGGUGCGCCAGUGGUGCACUGUGAUUACUUCCAGAACGCUCUGUCAACCCAAACACGGCCUGUGGUCAAUGACGUAGUGGGCUCGAUACUUUCACAGCCAGCCGCCGAGACUGCGUGUACUAUAGACACUACUGAGUUAGAAGACGUUUGCUUGCUGAUGGAGGAUAUGUAUGUAUUCUAUGCUUCGGGAGAUGCUCCGAUAGUCGUGCCUGCAACGGCCGCUGCGAAUGGCUCUGAUACGCAAAGUUUACGGAUACGAACCGGCCUCGACGCACCAGUGGCACGACUUAAGUUCUUUGAGAAUGGACUUUCAAAGCGGUACAAGGACGCGCUGAUCCAAGGCGUUCAAGAGGCCCUGCGCUCCACAGCUGGAGCACACGAAACUGCCCCGAGUACAGACACACCGGAUGAAAUGACCACACGGGUGUGCGAUCAAGUACACUACUACUUCAGCAACGACAACAUCGACCGACCGGAUGAGUUUCUGGUGGGAAAUAUGCAAACAAGUGAAG